AUGCUAAAUCCCUUACCUUCCACAUCCCUAACAUUAAAUAAAUGGAACAAAUGGGCAAAAACACUGCUGCCACGGAGAAACCCCCUAUGGUAUGCACCAUUACAAAGCCUACAAUACUACACCACGGACCUAAAGCUCCAGGCAUGGGUCAGGGCGGGAAUUCAGCAAUACGCCCAGCUAUUUGGGGAGGAAGGAAUCCAACCGUUCCUGAGGUUACAGGAGAGGUUUGCUCUACCCAACAUGGAGCUCUUCACAUACAUCAGUGUAAAACAUAAAGCACAGGAGACACCUGGUCCCCCACCAGACCCCUCUCUGAUGGGGAAUUUUGAACGCCUAUGCAUAGGAGGAAAACUUAGCAGAAAAGCAUUAGCGGCCUGCUAUAGAGCCAUCCAGGACACACAGAGACCACUAAGGUUCUCUUACAUGGUCAAUUGGGAAAAAGAAAUAGGUCAGGAGUUCACCACAUAUCACCACAUAUCAAUGGGCGCAAGCGCUCAAACAAACAAAAGCGGCUACUAGACCACAUAGAGGCCACCUACAAGGUGUGGAUGAGGCGGUACAUGACCCCGCAGAGGCUAUCAAGAAUAUAUGCCAUUCGACCCAGGGGUGCUGGAGAUGCGGGGACGAACCGGCUCAACCAGCCACAUGUUUUGGUCUUGUAGGGCACUACUCCCCUUCUGGACACAAAUCAAAGAGGUGAUAACCAAGCUGACAGGGGAAGUGAUUUCCCUACACAUGGCACCAUAUAUACUACAUAUCUUCCCGAAGAUCUACAGUACACCGAACAGAGCGGCAAUAAGGUCCUGAUAGCCACAAAACAAUGUAUAGCUUCCCUGUGGAAAACAAAAGAGCCCCCACCAUUGACCAUGGUACUAGAAAAACUCGACAAGACCAGAGUGUAUGAAAAAAUGUCCCAUUCACUAACCAAUACGAGUCAGAAAUGCGAACAAACUUGGGAAAAUUGGGACACACUAUGGGCAGAAUAUGCGGAUAAAGAGGAUAGAGAAGCUGAUGGAAUGCAGAACCCACAAACUGGAUCCUAG